UCACAUCUCUUUCUUUUCAAAUUAUGAGAAAAUGUUUAUGAUUUUAGUAGAAUUUUAUUUUUUGUGUGGUAAUUUGAUUUCUGUUUUGUUCUUGAUCUCUUAUAAUGGAAUUGUUUUGUGUUAUUGUACUGUAGGCUGUAGCAUUGUAAUCGUAUAAAUAUAAUGAAGCUUGAUUAGUGAUGGAUUUCUAUCUGAAUUCCCUUAAGAGUCAGGAAAUUAUUGAUGAUUUAUUUUGCAAAGAUGUUAAAUUAGGGUUUGGUACUCCAUUAUGUUUUAACUUCUAAGAAGUAUAUUACCAAAGUAGAUUUGCUUUACGUUUAUUGACUUUCAAGGAUUCGAGAUUUUGGCAUAUAUUCUCUAAAAACCUAUUUUUUGCAUUUAAAGCAACCAGCUUGUCUCUAAAAAAACUACUAUUUGCUUUAUUUACACUGCAUUAUUGCUUUACUACAACCUAUAUUAGGUUAGCCUUAAAAAGAAACUCUUCAUUUUAAGCUCAAAAAAGAGUUAAUAAAUUUCGCUAUGGCUACCAAAAUCUGUUAUACUAUUUAUCACUGCAAAUCAGGGAGAAAAUCUAAACUGAUGACAUGUAGGAGACGAGGAGUAUUGAUUUGGCAAGCCACUGUAUAUUUUGUAGUCUCCACUGUAUCUUUGAAUGGUAAUGUUCACAUAUAUGAUCUUAAUUGUAAUACUUGUAGACUGUUGCUGUGAAGUUUAAACAAUAAUACUUCUUUUCUCAUUUUUACCUCCCUUUUUUUUAACUCUUAGCUAUUAAAAUGAUCACCAUUUAUCCUUACUCAUAAUAUUAGUGAUGAGAGGAUUUGUCCAGAACGAGGUCCACUACUUGAGAUGACUUCUAUUUAGUUUCAAAGGGUUCCAAGAGAAAAGAACAUAUUUCUAGUACAUUAUUUGUCUACAUUUUAGUAUAACUAACCCUCUUUAAAGGACUACUGUUUAAAUUUUCUCUUAUAUUGUGAAUGGAUGAUAAAUACACUAAGGCAGAAUAGUGUUGAUGAGUAAUCAUGUUUCCCUUUGAUGAUGAAUGGCAUCAUUUAAUUGUUCUUGUUGGUGAAUAUGAAUAUAUGAGUCAAUGAGUGGGAGAUGAUCCAAGUAGAUUUUGUAGAAUGUAUGAGACAUGGAUGGUGAGGCAGCUGUAGUCGUUGCUCCAGCUAGAAGUUGCGUCCUUUUAGGCUUCCAAGGCACGGGAGAGUGUUCCAAGUAAGAUGCAGAAGUCUCUAUUUUAUUGACUGGAAAGUGGACUGACUGCAAGUCACUAUCACAAAUUCCUUAAUUCAUGUUGUUACUUGAUGUACUAUCGUAAGCAUUUGCUUCGUAAAAUUUUCUGUUCCCAUUUAGGUUCAGGCAGCAGCUUGACAAUGAGCCUUUUGUUAAGUUGAAGUGAACUACUUGCAGCUUAAUGUUAGGGUCCGAGCAGAUUUUUCAUGGCUUCGCUGUCGUUGUGCCUACUUCAUGAGGGGAUCAAGAACACAUCUCGUCCAAGAUUUUGAAAUUCACCUUAAGUGUACCCCUUAUUCCCUUUAGUCUUUAGUUUGAAAAUUUAGAAGUGUCUUAGUGGGCCCUAGUCAUAUUCAGAUUACUUUAGAAUAAGUAGGAUACCUAUUGAGUGAUUACAUCACAAUUAUUGACAUUUAUUAGGAACAUCAUUUACUUAAACUCACAUUCACACUACCUUAGUGAUGUCUCCCAUUUAUAUAUAUAAAGGAAACAAGUCUUCCUUGUAUUGCAAAACAUCUAUAUUAAACAUCUAUAUUGUCUGAGCACAUAAUCCUCUAAACCAUUUGGAGUCACCAUUUCUAAGAACAUUCAGGUUCCCUAAGAUUGCAGAUUGUGGUUGGUGGUCGAGGAAAUGCUUGUCCUCCCAUGUUGAAACAUCCUUUUAAUUUUGACUUCACCCUUAUGUAUGCCUUGCGUCAUUCACAACUAAGGUGCUACUUAGAACAACCAAUAUGCCCUUCUUUCAUUCUAUUGAUUUGUUAAGAAGCAAGGAUUAUAUUCUCUUUUGAAUAGCCACCUGUAAUCAACCAACUAUUUUGUCAGAAAAUAUAUUACUCCCUUUAUCCCAAAUUAAUUGACCCAUAGGGUUUUGGCAUGAACUUUUUGCCGGGUAGGGUUGAAUAAAUAUUGAAUGGUAAUAACUGCGAAAUUAGCUAGUGGAUACAUGGGUUGCUAGGAUUUUUAAAUUUAGAUACUCUAAGAACUCAGGUUAACAAGAGUAUAAAAAAACACGACACUAAUAGAAUUAGGCCAAUAUUUGAACAUCUCAAUAUUGAAUCUGUGUCGAUUAAUUUGGGAUAGAGGGAGUAAUGAUUUUCCAAUAUCAUUGUUUUGCAAUGUUUGUAGGAGGCUUUUCAUCAUUCUUACAUCCACUCACUUUUGUUGUUUCUCACCUUUAAAAGAUGAAUGUGAAUGAGGCAUAUGCUCGAAACUCAAGGUACCGAUGUGAGCUUAAUUUUUUGAUACAUCAUAUGCGUAAUAAAUGUAGUAAGGAGUGCUGUAAUAAUCGAUUGAGAUAGGUUGUUGUAAGGUCUUGUUGUCUUGUAGAUCUACUUACGGUGGCAGUUUGUGGGGCUUAAGACUAGUUGUCACUUGAGAAAUGUGGGAUUGUUGACCUUAUAUUUAUAGACAAGAAGAUUGUGAUUGUUGUGAUAUUAAAGUAGCCAAAGAUUCUAAAGUGAAGGUUCUUAGAGGUAGAGGAUGUCAAGCUUUAGAGAACUAGAAGUUAACAAAAGGUGGCAUCUCAAAAAAUUGUGUGUUGAUUACGUAAUUUUGAAGUUUGUUAAUUUAUAAAGUUUCUCCACUCAAAAUUGAAGUUUGUGCCCCUUUUGCUUUUGAGUGUUGUGGAUAUAUAAGGGGAAAAAUGGAACGUCAUGUGCAUGAAUUGGCUUUCGUGUAUGCUUUGUGCAUCUCAAAAAAUAAAAUCCAAGUGUUAAAGACUAUUUUGUUUUGGAAUGAAGGAGAUAUUUCGCACUACUUAUGAUAUGUAGUAUGGUAUGACAAAAUAAGAUUUGUAUUAAUUAAAAGGAUUAUAGUGAGUAUCAUAGGGCAGAAACAAGAUUUCAUCGUAUCGUAUUUGUAUCGAUUGGGUUAUAUAGGUUUUUAAGUCAAUCAAAAUAAUACUACCCGCGUUGUAUAAGUGUAAACUAAACCGCGUUUUGAAGAGAUAUCUUAUGGUCUUGACCGAUAUAUGGUGGUAGGACAAUUGGAUCAUCCUUCUUAAUGCAUCACCACGACUGUUAACCCAAUCGUGACCAUUAUCGCAGUUUUCCACCAUGGUGAGUACCAUCUCUUAGAAUGCAGAGUGAUAGCAUUUAUCGAGACAAGGGGGAAAAGAUUUUAGAUUAUUCUUUUAGCUCUACCCCUAUAAACCAGCUCUGGUCUUACACAUAUAUAGUUAUGUACUCACGCUACUGUUCCUCAAUAAGAAAAUGAAAUGGAAAUCAAAACUAGAUUUGUUGCAUCAGAUAUAUCAAUAUGUGGUUUAGCUAGACUACCUCUCUUAAAAUGGCUCUUUGACCCUUUUACAAAACUGUGAGGUUUAACAACAUGAGCAAAACCAAAAUCCCUAAACUUUAACCUCUUUAAUCCUAUUAGGGUCGUCAUUUUUAGGGAUCUUUGCCUUAGGAGUGCCAUUAAUGUCUAACAAACUUGAUGAAUCAACUGCCCUUGUUAAAUAAUUGGGUUAGAUGUUUAGUUUAUUGAUCUUUAUGUUGCCAAAAUUUGAAAGAGUUUUAUUUUUGCUGCUUAGUUGUCUAGGCUAGUGGUUUUAUCCUUGAGUGGCCCAACAUUGUGACAUUGUGUUACUGCACCUUUUCUUUUGGAACUGUAUUGUUUCUGUGGAGCACCUGAGUCGGCAGACAGGUCUGGUCAUAGGCCAUGUACAAGGGUUCCCUUUGAUGAUUUCCAGACUUUUCUGCUGUGUUGUCUCCAAUCUUAUCUUCUAAUGUUGCUUCAUUAUCCCAUGACUUGUCUAUAGGCUCCAGGCAGUUCCUGAACAAGCUACAGUAGAGGGAAGGUCUUUGCUUUCACAAAAGCAGAAUGAAAUUCAGAAUCAACCACUUAUAGACUGUGAAAGCGGGGCAAGUUGAAUUGGUCACUUGCUUACUGCAUUUCCCUCCAUCAAAUUUCUAUUUAUAACUUUACCUUUGCUCAUACAGGAGGCAUCGGUCCAUGCUAGUGACAUAUUUUCUCAAGUUUCUCACACGCACAACGAAUUUGGACAAAAGCAUGUCCGCUUUAGAGAUGCAGCUAGCUGCAGUUAGAGCUUCCAGCAUUCAGGGUCAAGUGUCAUCUCCAACUACAACAAAAAAAUCAGUGGAGCUACAAAGGGACCGACCCAAAGUUUUUUUUGUUAUGGGAAUCAUAACUGCAUUCAGUAGCAGGAAACGCAGGGAUUCAAUAAGAGAAACUUGGAUGCCACAAGGCGAGGGGUUGAAAAAGUUGGAGAAAGAGAAAGGAAUUAUUUUGCGAUUUGUUAUUGGACACAGUGCUAGUCCUGGUGGAAUUCUUGAUCGAGCUGUUGAUGCUGAAGAAGCUCAACAUAAAGAUUUUCUUCGGCUGGACCAUGUGGAAGGAUAUCAUGAAUUGUCCUUUAAAACUCAAAUAUACUUUUCAACAGCUGUUGCAAAUUGGGAUGCUGACUUCUACAUUAAAGUUGAUGAUGAUGUGCAUGUAAAUCUUGGUAUGGUGGUUUCCACGCUGGCACGUCAUAGGUCAAAGCCCCAUGUCUACAUAGGUUGUAUGAAAUCUGGACCUGUCUUGUCAGAAAAGGGAUCAAAAUACCAUGAACCAGAGUUCUGGAAAUUUGGUGAGGAAGGCAACAAAUAUUUCAGACAUGCCACAGGUCAAAUAUAUGCAAUUUCAAAAGAUUUGGCGACCUAUAUUUCAGUAAAUAAGCUUGUACUUCACAGAUAUGCAAAUGAAGAUGUAUCACUUGGUUCUUGGCUGAUUGGUCUUGAUGUUAAUCAUAUUGAUGAUAGAAGCCUCUGCUGUGGAACCCCUCUUGAUUGUGAAUGGAAGGCGCAAGCAGGAAACCCUUGUGCUGCAUCAUUUGACUGGAGCUGCAGUGGCAUUUGUAAAUCAGUUGAGAGAAUGGAGGAGGUACACCAACGCUGUGGAGAAGGUGAUGGAGCUAUCUGGCGUGCUAAUUCAUGAUACUUCACAUCUUUUUUCUUUUUUUUUUUUUUACAAAAAGAUAUUUUGGGAGAAGAUGAUAUAUGUUAUAGUUCUCCCUAAUUAUUGUUUGCCCAGCAAGCUCAUCUGAUUCUGCCGAUUUUUUGUAUGGUUAAUUGGUUAUAUGUGUUGGGAAAGGUGGAACAAUGUAAAUUAUUAUCAUUAAUUAUUUGUUAUUGGCUAUUGCAUGCAUGAUCCAAGGAAAUUAUUUAAUCAAUGAAUGAUAUGUAGAAGUUGCAGUACAUAUAGUCGAGCUUAUUGAAAGACAUUUUGAUUUGGAUUUGCUUUUCAAUCUAUUUGAAGGAACAUAUUCUAUUCGAUUUUUCGAAAUUCAGAUUUGAAUUCAAAGUUGUUGGGAAUUGGACCUUUUUGUAAGAUUGAAUGUUUCUUAUCUAGCAUUGAAGGAGUAUUCUAUUGCCACCUUUAUCCUUAUAGCUCCAAGGAGGGAGGCAAGAACCAUGCUUUCAGAAAAGUGGUGAUACUUAUCUGAAUUGCGAGAAUAACUUACUAAGCCGUGUGUGCCAUAAGGGUCAAUGGGGUAGGGCCAAGCCUGCGGUUGUUUAAGUAAGUUGGGUGACAGAUCGACCAUAGGAGUACUCCGGGAAACCAGGGCAAGAAAUGUCGAGCAUACGACGAUGCCGCCCGUUUUCAUUUCGUGGAAUUUUCCGGCAGAGGAAAGGGCUGUAGGUGAUAGCGCAUUCUGCUUCUUAUCCUAGAGAGGAGCGUUAAAAUCGUUCCUAUUGGAUCGUGCGUGGCAGUUGGUAUAGAUGAAGAAAGGCGGGCCCCACUUGAAGGGGACACCUAUUCUCUUAAUUUAAUAGGCGGUAAGGCGAAAUAGGAAAGGGGCCGAGCUGAGCCUCUUCAAGAAAGUUUUGUUUGGUAGGCCUGCCUACUUAUUCGAACAAUGCUCUGAACACGAAAGGGUGCAGUUCCGCCCUCCUUAUCCCAUGCUGAGUCACAGGUAGUGUCUCGGA